CGUGGCAGUCACUCUCAUUCAUUUUUCGGCAAAGCUGACAGCGACAUUGCAGAAAUGCUGUUUUCUGAUGUAUCGGACGACGAACUCGUGAGCGCAAGUCAAACGGCAGAGAAAUCUCAUUAUGAAACUGAGCAACAAUUUUCUGACAUUUCGGACGACGAACUUAUAAGCGCAAGUCAAAAUGCAGAAAUGUGUUAUUUAGACGCGAAGCAGCAGCAGGAGCAGCAGGUUUUCUCGGCUGAGAUGAAGGAGGGGAAUGGCAGUAAAAGGUUCGCUAUCCCAGUAACAGAUGAGGAAAUGGAGUUGCGCUCAAAAGCAAGCUUACCUAAGAACACGUUGCGUCGUAACAUGUGGGCACUUAAUACAUGGAAUAAGUGGGCAGUGGCGCGAAACAACACACGGUUGCACGGUUAUCAAGGAAACGACAUUGCCAUUAAUAAAUGGAAUAAAAAAAAGAAACCACUGACAAAUCUAUCUGACGAGGAACUUCAGUACUGGAUAUCCAAAUUUAUACUGGAGGUGAGAAAAGAGAACGGUACGGAAUAUCCUCCAAGGACACUCCUGUCCCUUGUGAUGGGACUGCAGAGUUACAUUCGCACUGAGUCGAAGCGAGGGAUUGAUUUAUUAAAUUCUGAUCAAUUUGUGGGUCUCCGACAAGUAUUAGAUUCUGAGAUGAAACGUCUUUCUCAUACUGGCCUUGGAUGUAACACCAAAAAGGCCCAAGCAAUUUCUUUGGAGGAUGAAAGCAAGCUGUGGUCAUCGAAAGCGCUGGGCGACUAUAAUCCCAAAGUACUCGUGCGUACACUGCACUAUUUGAAUGGCAAAAAUUUCGGAUUACGAGGUGGACAGGAACAUCGACGACUGCGAUAUAAAUCACCUCAAAUUACGCUCCACGAACCUGAAGGUGAAAUUGCUUAUUUGAAAUAUUCAGAGGACGUCUCUAAAACGUGUCAAGGUGGCCUAAAACAUCGCAAAUUAGUACCAAAGCAAGUGACCCAUUUUGCUAACGCAGACUGCCCGGAGCGAUGCCAUGUAAGGAUUUACAAGAAAUAUAUGGAAUUAUCCCCCAAAGAUAACAGAGACGAUUCUUUUUACCUCCAGCCUUUGCAGAAAUGGCGGGAAAACGUAUGGUUUAGUCGACAGCCGAUUGGUGUGAAUACCCUGUCAAACUUCACCCGAGAAACGUGUGAAAAGGCUGGCCUGAAAGGAUUCUACACCAACCACUCUCUGCGGGCAACUACUGCGACGCGUCUCUUUCGGAGAGGUGUCGAUGAGCAGCUAAUUAUGACCAAAACAGGGCAUCGUUCAGUCGAAGGCGUUCGUUCAUAUAAACGGCCGUCUGAACAACAGGAACAACACAUCAGCAGAAUCCUUGACGGGAGUGAUGAUGGUCCGACGCCGCCGAAAAUACGCACUCAGACAGACGUCAGUGAUGAAAGUGUAACACAAACAGAUUCUUCUUUGAGUAGACUUAUCGAUUUAACAAAUCAGCCGGUUGUAUUUCAGAAUUGCAAUUUCCAAUUUCAUUAAAAUAUAAAUUAAAUGCCUGACGUUGUUUCCUUCUUGUUUUUCUGUUUUCAGUGACUAUUCAUGUAAAAUUCGAGAAAAAAAGCGAGAUAUCGAGCUUUUUUUCGAGGAUUUUACCGAGUCACCACG